GUGAGAUCGAAGUUGUUAACCCCAGAUCAGAGCAGCAAUAAUCAUUUAAUAAUGUUUUUUUCUUCUUCAUGUUUGUGUCUUAAUGUAUCUGUGUUGUAUUAUUCCGUGUGCUGUGAGAGAGAUGUUGUAGAGUAAUAGUAACUGAGAAUCAGUGGUGUCAGUGUGUAGUGGUGAUGGUGACGUGAGCAGCGCACGCUGAUCUGAGGGUGGGAGGAUUUCAGGAAGAGCGCUGAGUGCUACGUGUCCAGUUUAUCCUGACUUCCACUAACUUGUCUUUAUUUUACUCCGUGUUAGUCGGGUCACAUCUUUAGAAAGCUUCGACCAGCGUGUUCGCGUUGUGACAUCAUGUCUGGUUUGAAAAAACAGAGAACGGACAUUCAGAGAGCAACCAAUGUUGUGUACCAGGCUCACCAUGUGAGUAGAAGCAAGCGUGGCCAGGUGGUUGGGACCAGAGCUGGAUUUCGUGGAUGUACUGUUUGGCUGACAGGGCUGUCUGGUGCUGGAAAAACUACAAUUGGAUUUGCUCUGGAGGAAUAUCUAGUUUCCCAUGCCAUUCCUUGCUACUCGCUCGACGGUGAUAAUAUUCGUCAUGGCUUAAAUAAGAACUUAGGCUUCACAGCCACAGACAGAGAAGAGAACAUCCGACGUAUUGCUGAGGUGGCCAAACUGUUUGCGGAUGCCGGACUGGUUUGCAUCACUAGUUUCAUUUCUCCAUUUACAAAGGAUCGAAACGAUGCCAGGAAGAUUCAUGAGAACGCAGGCCUGCCGUUCUUUGAGGUGUUUGUAAAUGCCCCACUGGAGGUGUGUGAGAGCAGAGAUGUCAAAGGACUUUACAAAAAGGCCCGUGCUGGAGAGAUCAAAGGAUUUACGGGAAUAGACUCUGACUACGAGAAACCUGAAGCCCCCGAGCUCGUGUUGAAGACUGGAGAGCUCACUGUCAAUGACUGCAUUCACCAGCUAGUGGAUCUCUUGAAGGAACAGGAUAUUGUGCCCACUGGUGUGACAGAGGAAGUGAAUGAGCUCUUUGUUCCUGAAAACAAGCUGGACAUGGUGCUGAGUGAUGCCAAAAUACUCCCUACUGUAACCAUCACGGAGCUGGAUUUGCAGUGGGUGCAGGUUCUGGCUGAGGGGUGGGCGACUCCACUGAGGGGAUUCAUGAGAGAGAGAGAAUUUCUGCAAGUCUUGCACUUUGGAACUUUGCUUGAUGGUGGAAUCAUCAACAUGUCUGUUCCUAUUGUGCUGCCCGUAUCCAAGGAGGACAAGGAGAGGUUGGAUGGUUGUACUGCUUUUGCCCUGGAGUUCAAAGGUCAAAAAGUGGCAAUCAUGCGCAACCCUGAGUUUUAUGAGCAUCGUAAAGAAGAGAGAUGUGCAAGGCAGUGGGGGACAACAUGCCCACAACAUCCACACAUUAAGAUGGUAAUGGAGAGUGGUGAUUGGCUGGCUGGUGGAGACCUGGAGGUGUUUGAGAGACUUAGGUGGAAUGAUGGUCUUGACCAGUACCGUCUCACUCCGCGGGAACUAAGACAGAAAUUUAAAGAAAUGAGAGCAGAUGCCAUUUUUGCAUUCCAGUUGCGUAAUCCUGUGCACAACGGCCAUGCGCUCCUGAUGCAGGACACUAAGCGUCGCCUGCUAGAGCGAGGCUACAAGAAGCCUGUGCUGCUUCUGCACCCUCUGGGUGGCUGGACAAAAGAGGAUGACGUACCGCUGGACUGGCGCAUGAAACAGCAUGCUGCUGUGCUAGAGGAAGGAGUGCUGGAUCCAGAAAACACCAUUGUGGCCAUUUUCCCCUCACCCAUGAUGUAUGCUGGGCCUACAGAGGUACAGUGGCAUUGUCGGGCCAGGAUGAUCGCGGGGGCCAACUUUUAUAUUGUAGGACGAGAUCCGGCAGGUAUGCCCCACCCGGAGACAAAGAAGGACCUGUAUGAGCCCACACAUGGUGGAAAAGUGCUGACCAUGGCACCAGGCCUCACCUCUCUAGAGAUUAUUCCCUUCAGAGUUGCUGCAUACAACAGAGUUAAGAAGGCCAUGGACUUCUAUGACAAGGAAAGACAUGGUGAAUUUGAGUUCAUCUCGGGAACCAAAAUGAGGAGCCUUGCCCGCAGCGGAGAGAACCCCCCCGAUGGUUUCAUGGCACCCAAAGCGUGGAAAGUCCUAGCUGAAUACUAUAGUUCUCUGCAGAAGGACCAGUGAAUACAAGACACUGGACGGUAUGCAGAUAUACAGUAAAGGUAUAAGAAAGAUGCAUUAUUUACUACAAUCCUACAUUGUAGUAAGAUUUUUUUUUUUUUUUUUUUAUUAGACUCAUAUGUACCACAUCUUUAGAUAAAUGCUAUCUAUAUUCAUUCCCUGCAAAUUACUUUAAAAUAUAUUGUUUCCACCCAGUAUAAAAGCAUAGAUGGAUCAAAUCUCACAGCUACUGCUGUUUCAGAUGUGUUAUAUAGUUAUAGUCUGAUCAAAGUAUGUCUUACAGUAAUAGGACCAAUAUCUUGCCUACCUCAACUGGAGUUUUAUUCGGAUAAGUGCUUGUCUUGGAAGUAUUUCCACCAGUGGAGAAUGCCUUGUUCUCAUUGUAUACGCAGAUAAUUCUAUAACAUUCUUUAUAAGAAUUUAAAAACAUUCAGUACUGGCAGCAGAGUAUAACCACAGUAUUGUCUUGCUUGCAUGCUUAUUUCCAUGUCAUUGUACGUCCAUGUGCCUUAAUAUAAAUGUGGCAUUACUGUUACAUUCCCAAAUGAACGAGUUACUGUAAAGAGUGAUGUAUGAAUGUGAAAGAUUUGUGCUGAGUGCAUAAACAUGAAACUCUUGAGGAAUCCAAUGUGAAGGAACAAGAGCAUAUUUAUUGUCUUGCCAUUUUCUUAUUGGACUAACCUAAACAUAUUUAUUCUCUCACAGGAAAUGUAUGUACUUCAUUCUACUUUUUGUGCAAAUUUGAGAUUUACACUUUGUCAUUUCUUACAAUAUUUGAUAUGUGCAUCGGGCAGUAAUUCCAAUAAACUUAAUUAAGAGAA